AUGACCGUCGGCGAGAAGAUUCCCAUCUGGCUCGACUGCGAUCCAGGAAACGACGAUGCAUUUGCGAUCUUAUUAGCACUUUUUGACCCUCGGUUUGAACUCUUGGGAAUAUCUACUGUCCACGGGAACGCUCCUUUGUCGUAUACAACUCACAACGCCUUGUCGUUAUUGGACAGCUUGGGGGUCGAACCCGGAACAGUUAAGGUCUACGCCGGUUCCGAGACUCCUCUUGUCAAUGCUCCUCAAUCAGCUCCAGAAAUCCACGGCACUACGGGUAUUGGUGGGGUGGAAUUUCCAGAAGUCACGAAAAACAAAGUUGCUACCGAUGUCGGCUACUUGGAGGCGAUGAAGCAAGCUAUCUUGUCCCACGAGAACGAGCUCUGCUUGGUAUGCACAGGCACUUUAACCAACGUCUCGAAACUCAUCACGGAAUGUCCUGCCAUUAUUCCGAAAAUUCGCUACGUAUCUAUUAUGGGUGGUGCCUUCAAUUUGGGAAAUGUCACUCCAUAUGCCGAGUUCAACUUCUAUGCUGACCCACAUGCUGCUAAGCAUGUGCUUGCUGAGCUUGGCCCUAAAAUCAUCUUGUCGCCGCUCAAUAUCACCCAUAAGGCUACAGCUACAGAAUCAAUUCGCAACCAAAUGUACGACAGUGAAGACCCACAUCGCAACUCUGACAUCCGCAAUAUGUUCUACAGUAUCCUCAUGUUCUUCUCCCAUUCGUAUAUAAAGAAAUACGGCAUAACUGAAGGUCCCCCAGUCCAUGACCCUCUCGCAUUGUACUGCCUUUUGCCAUUCCUUCAGCAGGACAAAGAUUACAAGUACAAAUAUUUGAGACGUAAAGUCUCUGUUAUCACGGAAGGAGAGCACUCGGGAGAAAGCAUUCUAUUAAACGGUAACUCGGAUCUGUCUGUAGAAGAAGAAGAUGGCGUCUACAUCGGUCAGGAUAUCGACGUAGACCAGUUUUGGCGUACUGUCCUCAGAGCGGUGAAUGUGGCAGAUGUAACCAUAAAACAGGAAAUAAAUGGUGCUCAAAAAGUGAUGGUUUAA